AUGUCGUCUAGUCGAUCUAAAUCUUCAAUACUCGACAAACCUCUCAGCAAAGGAAAAGGGGAGGUGUCCCUAGCCCUUUACGCACUUUUAUUUUCGGAAAUUGUUCAGUAUUGCCAAAAUCGCUCACAUUCCAUCAAUGAGUUACAAACUAAGCUCUCUGAAAUGGGAUAUGAUGUUGGAACAAGACUCUUGGAUCUUUAUUUCGUGAGAGAGAGAAAUAGUAAAAGAGAAAUAAAAUUGUUAAAUAUGCUGCUAUUUGUUAAGUCUACAUUAUGGAAGGUCCUUUUUGGCAAGGAGGCUGAUAAAUUAGAACAUGCCAAUGAUGAUGAACGCACAUAUUACAUCAUUGAAAAAGAUGCGUUGGUCAAUAAGUUCAUAAGUGUGCCGAAAGACAAGGGCUCUUUGAAUUGUGCCUCAUUUAAUGCCGGUAUUAUUGAAGCAGUCCUAACAAACGGAGGAUUUCCCGCCAAAGUUACAGCACAUUGGCACAAAGGAACUACUUACAUGGUGAAAUUCGAAGAUAUGGUCAUCACAAGAGAUAAAGGGCUUGAUGACCGAUAG